CUGGAGGGGGAAGUUCCCAAGUUUGUUUCUCCCUCCAGUCAGCUGCCAUCAUGCUCUGGUUUAGAGAGCAGCGGGCCUUCGCAGUUGAGAACUUCUUUUCUAACGGUCGCUCACUUGUUACUACGCAACGUGCCUUCCGCGCUCGCUUUGAAAUUCCUCCUCACAGACUCGUUCCUGGCCGUAAUUCGAUUCUGUCGUGGUUUAAAUCAUUUCGGAAGUGUCGCUAAACCCAGAAAUGGACUUCAACGGACCAUCAGAACUCCGGAAAAUAUCGAAAGAGUGAGGCAAACUAUCUUAGUCCACGAGAAAAUGUUGUGGGAACUCAUUCUGUGGCUCGUGGUUCUAACAAUAGCUAACACUUCGGCCGACCCUCGAGUGAUUCUCCCGGAGCACGAGUCCCUCGCCUCAGAGCUAUCAUCUCGCGUCAUGUCCAGAGCCUCUCGUCUCCAGGAUGUUCGUGAGGCGCGGGACGCUCGCUUCCCUCUCCCCUCCCCACAGGACCUAGAGGCUAUCAGGAAGGCAGCGCAGAUCCUCAUCAUGAUCGGGGAACAGGUAAUACCGUCCAUCACAGGCGACUCACCGACAAACUUCUUAUCAACUGAAAUACCCAACGACCAGGUUUAUAAUAAAUAG